AUGUCUGAGCUACUUCGUGAUACCACGUUCGGGGCGAUAAUCAGAUGGAUUACGAAACGAAGGUGUCUACAGUAUCGCGAAGAGCAACCGUCUUUCGAGUAUCUGGACCUAUUCAUCAAUGAUUAUUCUGCGGGAACAUCAACCCCUCCUGACGUGGUUACUGGCACCUUAAGCGACGACCGCAGUGACGAAAGGCACCGUCAAGCCAUUGAGCAGCCUUCUACAGAUUCCUUCUCACACCUGUCAGAAGGUAACAAUCUAGAUGAUGAAGCACUUUCGAAGAUUACCUCGCGAUCGCAAAUGUCCCGGAACGUGCGGUCACAGCAUUCCACCAUCCACCCAAGGAAGUUGGAGACCGGCAUCAUCUUGGUUGACUGGUACUCGACCGACGACGCAGAUAAUCCACAGAACUGGUCAUCGAAGAAGAAAGUCUUUGUUGUUCUUCAGAUAUACCUCUAUACCCUCGCCGUCUAUAUCGGAUCUGCCAUUAUAACCCCUUCUCAGCCAUUCAUUGAGGCCAAAUUCGGCGUUGAGCCAGAAGUUGCAUCACUUGGGCUAUCUCUUUAUGUGCUUGGAUACGGCAUCGGACCUUUGGUGUUCUCGCCCCUUUCCGAGAUCCCCUUGAUUGGCCGCAAUCCGCCCUACAUCGUCACCUUUGGCAUUUUUGUUGCCAUCUCAGCCGGAACCGCCACCGUCAACAAUUUUCCCGCAUUGAUCGUCUUGCGUUUUCUGCAGGGCUUUUUCGGUUCCCCUUGUUUGGCCACUGGAGGCGCGUCCCUUGGCGAUAUCUACAACCUCGUGAAGCUGCCUUAUGCGCUUACAGGCUGGGCUGCAUUCGCCACUGCCGGUCCAGCCAUUGGGCCCAUUCUCUCUGGCUUCUCAGUUCCAGCUACGAACUGGCACUGGUCACUAUGGGAGAUACUCUGGCUCGCAAGCCCUGUGUUUAUUUUCAUGUUCUUCUUCCUUCCCGAGACGUCUACGCCUAAUAUCCUGCUGCGGCGCGCUCGGCGUCUCCGCAGGGUGACCAGGAACAGCCACCUGCAGUCUCAAUCGGAGAUAGAACAAGCUAAACUCACCGUUAACGAGGUUGUGGUGCAGAACCUCUGGCGGCCCUUUCAAAUCAAUCUGUUCGACCCGUCAGUUCUCUUUACUAGCCUGUACAUCGGCCUCAUGUACGGCAUAUUUUAUUCUUUCUUCGAAGUCUUUCCCUUUGUGUAUUCUACAGGGCUCCCUGGCCGAGCCUCUCCAACCGAUGGCUAUGGUAUGAAUGCAGGCGAAGUCGGCCUGAUAUUUCUUUCAAUCAGCGUUGGCGUCUCCAUCGCCAUCGUCUUCUACGUGGCAUAUCUCAGAUUCGUCUUCGAGCGAGAGAUCAAGACGCAGGGUCUAGGUGAGCCUGAGCGCCGUCUUGUUUGCGGCCUCCCUGCCAGUUUCCUUGUCCCCAUCGGGCUUUUCGUCUUCGGCUGGACAGGUAACUCGAGCCCGAAGAUUCCUUGGAUCGUCCCCACGAUCGGCAUCACAAUCUUUGUGGUGGGGAUUUUCACCGUCUUCCAGGUCAUCUUCAUCUACAUAGCCAUCAGCUAUCCCGUGUAUAGCGCUAGCUUGUUCGCUGCAAACGAUUUCGUUCGGAGUAGUAUAGGAUGUGGCGCGAUUCACUUUUCCCGGCCGUUGUUUAUAAAUCUAGGUGUUGGUAAAGGGGUAAGCUUGUUAGCUGGGUUAAGUUGUGGUGGUGUGAUUGGGAUAUUCGUUUUGUACUUCUAUGGCGCCACGUUGAGGAGGAAGAGCAGAUUUGCUGCAACAUGA